GGCUACCAGUAUCAUUCAACCACUCAACAGCAAACAUGAAGUUCCUCAUCCUGUCUUGUGUUGUGAUCGGAGCCCUGGCUGACCUGCCUCGCUUCAGACCAGCGAGGUUCAGGUUCCAGCGCCAAGAGCUAGCUCCAACCACCACGGAUUCACCAACCGAACCGACCACUGAGGCAUCAGGACCGUACCCAGAAUCAGGAUGGAAACCUGCCGGAGAACCCUUCACUCUUCCCACUGAAGAAAAGGCAGAAAAGCCAGCUGACCAAUAUGGACCGCCUGCUGAACAGUACGGAGCUCCGGAUGCACCUUAUCCAGCUUCUGGAUGGAAACCCCAGGGUCAGGCAUUUGAGCUGCCCAAGCAGACACCACCAGCCACCAGCUACGGCGUUCCCGAUAAUACUUAUGGUGCUCCUGAGACUACUGUAGCUCCGACCACGGAUAACCCUCAAGCUGAGAGAUUGGAAGGCCCAGUGGAUAUCCAGAAAAGCGAUGGAACUUACUACGUACUGCUUCCAAAUGGUCAGCUGCAGAAAGUGGAGUUUGUGACGAGCAAUGAUGUCCAGAAUAUGAAGUAUACUGCGAGACUCAAAUUCCGCCGACCUGCUCCUAUUCUCUUACAAUUUACGAACUGAUGAUGUUCAAUAAAGUGUUUAUGCUGUAAA